AUGUCCCAGCUGGUCCAGUCACUGGAACACGCAGUCGAAGCCGGCGUCAAGGGCAUCAUCGGCUUCGCAGAGGGGUACAUUUCCGCCGCAUCGGGCUCAUGCUCUCAGCCUGAAAGUAAAGACGAUGACAAACCCGCCCACUCCGACCCCAUCCCUAUCAACAGCAUGUUGCCACCCCCCGUGCCCCCACCAGGCUCGAACACGUCCAGCAACAGCUCGCCAUCCGCGCGCCCGCCCCAGUCCUUGGCAUCCCGCUUGGCACUCUCUCAGGACACGCUUGUCCAGGUCACAGACAUUCCGAGCGGUUGGAUCCACCUGCAAUCGACAUACCUCGACGCCGCUGGCGGGCAGCGCAAAGUGCGCUCGUUUGGUCUGCGCAACGUGUCUCAGGGCGUAGUGGAUGUCGAGGUUGCAUCCGACCUCGAUUCCCAGGUGGUCUUUUGGGUCGCCGAUGACGAGCCAGAAGCUGACUCGUCUUCAUCGGCGUCCUCGGCGGCGUCCAACGCAGCACAGUCGGUGACAAUGUCCCUCAAGGCAGGUGAGGUUCGGACCGUCUUCCUAGCAUUUCAGCCGACAACAUCGCAACCUUCGACGCCUGCGGGUAUGUCUACCCCUUCCUCGGAGGGUGGAUUCACCCCGCGAGUCGCCCCCCUCGCAACCAGCUCUGAGCUAUCGUCUCCGCCCAGCGGCAGGUUACCUCCCGCAGCGGCGGGCUCCAGCCUAGCCAAGUCCGAUACUAUAUCCGUGUCAACCUCGAUGUUGUCUUCCUCCACACUCUCCGUGGGGAGCAGCAGCGCGCAACGGAAACAGGAGCCUGUUCACCGCUCCUUCUCGGUACACGGGUCGAUCCUCGUGCACGCGACCACGGCGGAGAACGACAUCAUGACUGCCCCUGCCCAUCAGAACGUCACCGUGCCGUUCUUUGCGACCGUGUGUCGCUCCUUCUUCUCCCUGGGUGUCAUUGACCCCGCGACAGGCCUCGCUUCUGGGCCUCAAAUCACAACAGGCCAAUUGCCUAUCGACUUUGGUACCGACAACGUCGUCGGUCAAGACUAUCACCGCGACCUCCUCCUUGUGAACCGCUCCGAGAUCGACCUCGUGUGGACGACAUCGAUCACGAACGCGCCGUUCAAGGACUCGGUGUGGUUCCUGCUUCGUGACCUCGAUUCGGAAAAUGUCUUUGGCGUUGACACUUCGUGCGAGCCAGUGCCACUGCCGCCCCUCUCAUCACGGCAUCUUCGGCUCACUCUACGCGCUGAGGCGCCUAUCGCCAAUUUUGAGUUUGACUUCCGCCUCUCCAACAAUCAUCAGAGUGGCAAUGCUGUCGUGUGCCAAGCAGUGGGAUCAUGCCACACAGAAGCCACAGACGACACUCUUCGUAUCCUGUCCGGGUCGGCGCUCGACUUUGGGCAGAUUCCUGACGGCACAUGGGCCAAAAAGCUCGUGUCGUGCAAGAACAUCGGUGACAGGCCCAUUGAUGUUCACUUCUCUGCGACGGAAGGGUAUGAGGUGGUCUUCCGACUUGCUGGCGUUGCGGGCGAAGAUAUCGACGAGGACAUGCCGACCCGUCCGGCACGCGACAAGCGCACGGAAACGCUCUCACGCACCUCGACGAGGGACACGCGCGACGGGCGCCCGCGCGACCCUUCCACAUCACGUCACCUCGAGACCGAUGAGUGGUUCCAGAUGCACGCCCCCCUCAGCGACCGCGAGGGCUCGAUGCCGUCAAGUAGGCCAUUAUCACGUGUCACAUCCAUAGCUUCCAGCAACCGCCCGUCUCGGGACGAUCCCGACUCGGACGAGGACGACUCCCUCGCUGCUGCCGCGGCCGAGCUUCGUCCCUCUGACAACCUCGGCGACCGCGAUAUCCCGAACCAGAUCGAGGAGCUCACCAUGCGACCGGGGACGGAGUACCGCGUGUUCGCCAUGUACCGUCCCGCCCGCGACUUGCGGAACGCCCCCGAAAUAGCCGGCGCGCUGCGACCGUCUUCGUUCAAGGUGUUCCUGGACUCGAUACCGUCCUCGCAGCGCUCGCGCCCUAUCCCCCGGUCGCGCAAGGUCAUCCACUGCACGGCCGAGUCGUGCACGUCGAUAAUCGCCAUCCCGUCCGGCCACAACAUCGACUUUGGUGAGGUGACUGUUGGGGCGUCCAAGUCGACGACCAUUUCGAUUCAGAACCUCAGCGCACUAUCCGCGCGCGUCGAGAUCGCCGCGAUAUCAAAGGUGCUGAAUACGAACCGCAGCGUCAUUAUCAUCCCGCCCUUCGAGACCGUGCAGGAGCGCGUCGACUUCUUCCCACGACGUAUCAAUGAUAACUACGAGAAGCAGGUGUUCGUGCGCAACCACCUCAACCGCGCCAACAACCAGCUCAUCGAGGUCCACUCGAAGAAUGUGGAUGUGUACAACGUCACGUUGCACUCGCACCUGUACCGGAUCCUCACGCCCGGCGGUAGCAACUUUCUUGACUUUGGGUCUGUCGUCAUCAAUUCUCCCUCGGUUCGGACGGUCCAGUUUCAGAACUUGACACACAAGCCUCUCACUUUGGACCUUUCGGCAUCGCACUCUGAAGAUCUCGAGUUGUAUAUCAAGGACACGGACGCGCCGACGGUGCCUGAUCGCCCCUCUGUUGUGGCAAAGUACGCCGUGCCCGCCGAAGAGCGCCCGCAGAAUGGCAACCUCAAGGAGCGCUUUGUCGAGUCACUUCAGGACCAGAACUCGGGCGAGAACAAGGAGAAGACCAAGGUGGCGACGCGUCACAAGUCGAUCAAGAGGACCAACAAGGACGAGGAUAAGCGGGACGUUGGCACGGUUCUCUACACCGCGUUGAGGAAGGGCAACCGCGGCAAGCCGGUGCAGUUGUACGGCGACGCGGUUGUGUUCAAGGACCGCAGCUUGCUUGACGAUCUCGAGCAUCUCGACCUAGCUGCAGGGCCACCCAUCGCUGCGAGCAGGUGUCGAGCCAACUCCAAGCGUAUCCACACGCUCGAGACUAUCGCGUUGGAGGACAAGUCGAAGCUUUCAGGCCAGCAUCCCAAGGCGCUCAAGCUCGACUUUGCCGCAUCUGCCAAAUCUAACGGUCUUGUCAGCAAGGACGGUCGUGAGGGCCGGUUGCGUAAGCCCAAAUCGACGGCAGGUGGCAGCCGACGCGACCCGUCUACACGGCGCGCUGAUCCUUCCACGCCCACGAAGCAGAUCUCAAAGGCUAAUGGUGGGCCCCCUGGCAGCCCCUCCGCGUCGCAUCUCCGCACGCCAGUGGUCAAGCAGCCCAUCGGCAACAAGUCCCCCGCCCUUACUGGCCGACGGCUGGAGCUCAAGUCGGACCCUGCCUGCCUCACCGACGUCACAAAGCUCACGCCCGACGAGCUCCUUCUCGCCAUCGAGCAUAUGGACGCUAAGCGCGCGUCCACUUCCAUCACCCACCUCAACCCUGAAGAGGAAGAGCAGUACGUCCGGCGUCUGCUUGAUCUGCGCAAGGAGCUUCGCAACACCAUCUCGGCUGGCAAGUUUGUUCCUGCACGCGUCCUCACUGUGCCGCCAGGGCAGUCGCGCCAGCUUGUCGUCGUCAUGACCCCAAAUGGCUCGACGCGUCCCCACAUCACCACGCGUGCCAAACGCUCUGAGCAGCGCAUCUUCAUCAAGCUGCUCGAGUACGACCAUGCGCUGCUGCGCGGCAUUAUGGGUUCAAACGCCGACCUGUCGGAGCUGCCGGUGCGCGAUCUCGUGAUCCGCUCGUCGUGCGUGAGAUCCGUGCUUGAGGUCCAGCAGUCAAGCAUCAACUUUGGUACAUGCGAGCGUGGCGAGGUCAAGUCGCGCAUGAUUGUCAUCCACAACCGAAGUGAGUGCGUUGGCGUGUACCGACUGCGGACUUCUGGAUCCAUUGCUUCCGGCAACCUCAAACUGGGCCUUGGCAGGUACGGAAUUGUACCGGCAUUUGGGCGCAAGGAAGUGGCGUCAUUCUCGUUCACACCGUCAUUGGUGGGCAACUACAACGAGACCAUUGCCGUUGAAAACGUCCUCGACAACUACAACGACCAGAGCGUUCUUGUCAAGGCUACUGUUCGAAAAAUGCCUGCAUUCUCGCUUGACGUGACCAGGCUCGACUUUGCUCCGAGCCAGGCGGGCGCUUGGCCUGCGUCCGCUGGCUUUGUCAUCACCAACACCUCCAAGACGGAACGCACCUUUGUCGUUGAGGUCUCCGCGCCCGAUGCCGAUGAUGCCUUCGCGGAGAUAUCGCUCCAGCGUGACGAAAAGGACGCGGGCAUCGCGCUCUCCAAGGGCGAGGAGGAGGAAGUCGAGGGCUUGCUGCAGAAGCUCAAAAUUGCGCGCCGCAAGAACAAGCCGGACAAGAUCGCCAAAUACCAAAAGCGCCUCGGCGAGCUCGGCGUCGCAACCGCCACUGCCGAAGAGACGGCGACGCCUGACGUUGACGAGGCCACCGAGCUCGCGUCCGGAGCUGUGACGCCGGCGCAGGGCGAAGUGGCCUCCACGCCCACCAUCCAAAUCACCCUUGGCGCGAGCAAGAAGGCCAAGGUGCUCGUUGCGCUCGUCCCACGCGCCGGCGAAGCGGCGUUCAGCACCGCGAUCAAGGUGUACGAGCGCAAGAACACGGACGAGACGGUCACCAUCGACGUGUCCGGCACGCCAAAUGUCGCACCUCCUGUGCCAUCGCCGUCACCACCUCAGUCGCCUGAGGACCCUCUCAACCUUGCGAUCAUGAAGCACGCGCUCGAGCUCACGCUCAAGUGCCCCGUCUCCCCGACGGCGUUCUGCGUUGGAUCAACCCUCUUCCUCCCCGUGUCGUCGCCGCUUUACGAGCAGCUCACGGAGCACUUUUCGACUUUCGCCCACCCGAUCACUGGGGAGACCGCAGGUCUCGUGCUCGCCGACGGCUACUCGCGCCAGAUUCCAGGCAACACGCAUGCCGAGGCGAAUGCGCUCGCCAACUUCCGCGAGCGAAUGGGCGAGCUCGAGUCGACCGCGGGCCUUCCCUCCGCCGAUGACAUUCUCACUCAGGCAACCUGCUACGCUACCAUGGAGCCGUGCAGCGUCCGGACAUCUGGCGGGCCAAGCUGCGCGCUGGAGCUGGUCCGCGCACACGUCAAGAUCGUGUACCUUGGCGUCGAGGAGCCGCCCGACUUUGUGCAGUGCGAGGGUGUCCGGAUCCUCGAGCAGGGCGGCGUCGAGGUGCGACGCGUCGUGGGGCUCGAGGACGAGUGUCUCCGCCUCGCGAGACGCGGGCGAACCUAA